GAGGCGUCGUGUCACCGUACGGCCGGGUCCGUGUGUCCCCGUCUCCCUCGGCUUCCCGCUGGCAACCCGAAGAGGACAUCCCCGUGCCGUCUCCUGCCAUGACCUCCACAUCGGAUCACGGCGCCAAGGCUCAGCGACCCCUGGAAAUGACCGCUUGGAUUCGCGGCUGCAUUUAACGCGCAAAGGGACCCGCGGGCUCCGGUGUUUGCGUAAAACGAAGAAGCAGAAGAAGAAGAAAGAAAUAAACAUGCAAGAGAAAAUAAAGGACAACCGGACUCCCACUUCGUCGAGGGCGUCGUCGUUUUUCAUCGAGAACCUCCUGGGGAAGGGACGGAAUGGACUCGACGGGAGCCGCGGGGCGGAGACCGGCUCCGGCGGCCGAGUCCUGAGCGCGCAGCUCGCGGAGGAGAGCGCUCCUCCGGCGGCCGGCGGCUCCGCGGUUCGGUCCGGGGACUCGCCUCUCCAGUGGUACCGCGGGGGAGCUGCCCUCAACUUCAGAGCGUUGGAAACGACACACGGUCCAAGAGACAACACCAGCCCAGACGACCACUGCUGCUCCGUGUCCACCGGUGACCGGUGUUCCCCCGCCGUGUCCGAGCCCCUAACGGAGGGCAGCGACGAACCCGACCGGAAGACCGCCGACAGCCACCUGACGGACGACAACGAGGACGCGCACACCGGCUGCGACGCGUCUUCCUCCACCCGGAAGAAGAAGACCCGGACGGUGUUCAGCCGCAGCCAGGUCUUCCAGCUGGAGUCCACCUUCGACAUGAAGCGGUACCUGAGCAGCUCGGAGAGAGCGGGCCUGGCGGUGUCUCUCCACCUGACGGAGACGCAGGUCAAAAUCUGGUUUCAGAACCGGAGGAAUAAAUGGAAGAGGCAGCUGGCGGCGGACCUGGAGGCGGCGCACAUCCCCCACUCCAGCCAGAGGAUCGUGAGGGUGCCCAUCUUGUACCACGAGGGACCCGCCGCGCCCUCCUUCAACCUGAACGGACUCCCUCUGUCGGGCUUCUCCAGCUGCAUCAAUUACCCGCUGUCCUCGUUUGCUCACUCCAUGAGCAUGUUGAGAUCACAGAUGACCGGCUUGGUGUGAAAAAAGACUAUAUAUAUGCCAUUUAAGCGGUUUUGUUUAUAGCAUAAAGUCACCCUGUUAAUAUUGAGUCGUGCAAUAACGCACAGUGACGCAGACAGCUGUUGACUUCAUAUCCAAAGAGCCGCAGAGACGUGAACUAUACGACAUGUAACGGGUCAUCUGAGCCUCCUCGGGACUGUGUGCUCCUGCCACAGAAUCACAGCCGAGGCCGGAGAGCCGGAGCUGCUCCCGUAUGUUUGAAUAUACACACAUAUUUUUGCAAAGUUUUAUAUUUAAGGCCACACUUUUUUUCCAACUUUGUCACUUUUUUCCACAUAAUAAAAAUUAAAAACAACAACAACCACA